AUGGACACCCGCAACAGCGGCACCGGCACCGCAAGCAGCAGAGCGUAUUUCGAGCAACAACGAGAAGCCCUCAUUGGCGACAUUGCUGGCAGCUUUGAACAGGUCCUCGCGAAUAUCAAUAAAUUGAAUCGAUCGCUCGAGGCCAUCAUUGCUGUCGGCAAUGAAUUCUCCUCCGUAGAAGCCCUCUGGUCACAAUUCGAAAACGUCAUGGCCAAGGACGAAGAAUCCAAUAAACCAACCGACCAACAACAAGUCGCCGUAAAGCAGGAGGACGAAGACGAGACAAUGCAAGAGUGA